CAGUCUAUUAGGGUCGUGGCCGUGGUUCACGACCGAAUAAAAGAAGUGCGAGUAAAAUGUGUGCAACAGAAAACAAUAAAUGCGAGUGUUAAUCACUUUUGAAGAAAGAAACAGAGGAUAAUAAACAGGGGGGAAAAAACGGUGUCAAAGUUUCCCAUCCCGUAGGGACGUCCCCUAACCUUAUUAAUGACGAAUCCAGUCACUCCAAUCCAUCAAUGAUUAGUCUACUGUUAUCGCUUGCUGCCAGUGAUUAGAAUGAUUUAAUUCAGUGAUUAGAGGAAUAAUCGACCAAAUGAACUGAAUUAACAGUCAGUGCACGAUCGUGUCUGUAAUUGGCAUGUGCUGUCCUUGCCUUUCGGGAAAGUUGUGCAAUUUUCCGAGUGUUUCCCAGGUUCCUCUUUCCCACGAGAAGAAAGGCAAUCUCCUUGUGGGUAAAUAAAAAAGUGAGUGAUAGCUGUUGGCUCUGUGCAAUUAGGAAACACACACGGAAAUUCUUCUAUCCUUUCACGUAGACAUUUGAUGAGUGUUUGGGGGAUUGCUUAAUGCUGAUCAGCUAUCACUCGAUAGAAUAAUGACAAUCAUGGAGAACACGUUGCAUAAUGGACAACUUUUGUUUUCCAAUGGAGUCAAUGGGAAAAAUUCUGCUGUCCGGCUACAAAUUGUACCGUCUCAGCCAAAAACCAUCACCCAUUUGCCCAAAAGACCACCGGUUGACCUGGCGUUCACCGACUUGACCUACAAAGUACGAGAAGGCAGAAAAAACAAUGUCAAGAUAAUCCUCAAAUCAGUCAGUGGAAGACUCAGAUCCGGCGAGCUGACGGCGAUAAUGGGACCGUCUGGUGCUGGAAAAUCAACCCUUCUUAAUAUCCUUACUGGAUACAAAACGACUGGUAUGGAAGGCAGUAUCACGAUGAAUGGUCACGAGAGGAAUUUGAGUGCCUUCAGAAAAUUAUCAUGCUAUAUAAUGCAGGACAAUCAGCUUCACGGCAAUCUCACAGUGGAAGAAGCAAUGAAGGUUGCUUCGAAUCUAAAAUUAGGAAGUCAUAUUUCUAAAACUGAAAAGGAAGAAAUGAUUCAAGAAAUUCUUGAUACUCUUGGAUUGGCGGAUCACAGACUUACCAUGACAUCGAACUUGAGUGGAGGUCAGAAGAAAAGACUUUCCAUUGCUCUCGAGCUCGUCAACAAUCCUCCCAUUAUGUUUUUCGAUGAACCAACCAGUGGCUUAGAUUCGUCUUCCUGUUUUCAAUGUAUCUCGUUAUUGAAAACCUUGGCACGUGGUGGUCGAACUAUCAUUUGUACGAUUCAUCAGCCCAGUGCUAGGCUGUUUGAAAUGUUCGAUGCACUUUACACCUUGGCGGAAGGACAAUGUGUUUAUCAAGGAUCUACUUCUCAGCUGGUCCCCUUCCUGAAAAGUCUCAAUCUUAAUUGCCCAAGUUAUCACAAUCCUGCUUCUUUCAUAAUCGAAGUGUCAUGCGGAGAAUAUGGAAACAACAUCAAAAAUCUAGUGAACGCAAUAAAGAACGGAAAACGCGACGUUCGUGCCGGAUAUUCUUUUCCAGAAGACAAGGAAGCUUUAAACAAUACGACUUUAGGAUCUGGAAUCCCAAAGGACGCGGAUCUCGGUGCUAAAAUCGGAGAGACCAAGGACAAAAAUGACGUCAAUAAUAUUGAAGAUAAGUUUCUGGACAGCAAGCCAAACGAGACUAAUGGAGUGAUACCAAAGUACGCCACGAACGACAUAGUAAAGCAGAACGAUGUGACGGUAAGUCUUGAGAUUGAAAAGAAGGAGAAUGUUAAUACUAAUCUUCUGGACGAUACUAUAGUCGUUACCAAUGAAAGAUACCCUACCUCGGAAUUAACCCAGUUUUGGAUUGUUUUGAAGAGGACGCUACUUUUCAGUCGAAGAGAUUGGACGCUGAUGUACCUUCGACUCUUCGCUCACAUUCUCGUCGGUUUACUGAUUGGUGCGCUUUACUACGACAUCGGUAACGAUGGAGCUAAAGUACUUAGUAACCUCGGAUUUCUUUUCUUCAACAUGCUCUUUCUUAUGUACACUUCGAUGACCAUCACAAUUCUUUCCUGUGAGUUAGAAAAAUAAUUAAACCUAAAUUCC